AUGACAGAUUUAUCUAACGUACACUUACACGAUUUACUGAGCGAAACUUUGUACAUAAACUUGGAUCAGAAACGAUCUUUGACCGGGAAGCUCAUCGCUAUUGAUUGCAAAGCAAACCUUCUACUGGAUGAAGUGGUCGAAAAUAAUGACGGCCAUGUACGGAAGAUGGGUUUAGUAAGUGUACCAUUUGUUUCUGUACGGUCCGUAAAAGUUAGAAGGGAACUGGUCGACACUAUCAAUGCUCUGAAAUUGAAUAUUUCUUCCCAAUACGUAUGA